UUUUUUUUCUUCCUCCCUCCCCUCUCUUUUUUCUCUUUUUUCUCCUCCUCUGCCCAAUCUCUCAUUUAAGAGAGAGACAAGAAGCCCACAUUUUGACAAAUACGAAUAAACCACCACAACUACCGCAACCCGUCAUGGCAUCUGCAAGCAGCUCCGCACAGGCCGCCUUCGGGCUGGGCCGCAGGAAGAAGGCCCCCGGACUCUUGGAUCAGAUCGGAAAAUUCUUUGGAGGGGACAAGAAGAGGAAGAGCAAGGGAUCUUUCCGAGGUCUCUCUCCAGCCCCUCAGAAAGCAUCUGCCACUUCCCCACGUAAGCGUGGAGCAGAGAACGCUGUGGUCCACUUCUUCCGCACGAUCGUGUCCCCAGCCCCUCCUAAGUCCAGGUGGAGAGGAGUAGCAGCCAAGAUGGGCCUGGGCGACCAGAAGUCACAGUCUAAAGCCAAGAAGGCCAGUGCAGGGGACGGCAAAGGCUCCCUGACUAGGAUCUUCAAAAUGUGAUGAUAUCAACAGCAGAGGAAGUAGGAGCGCUUCUCCAGGCAAACGCUGAGGUCCCUCUCUACAUCCCAGUCCAACUGCUUAAGGGGAGAAGUUCAAGAACAUGAGACUGAAGUGGGGAGAAAAAAAAAACAAACAAAAACAAACAAGGAGGAGGAAACCUCUCACACUCGAUUCCCAGUGCAUCUCUGAUAACACUUUAAUUGCUAAAUCCCUCCCCUCUCCUGUCACCCCCUUUGGCUGGUAGAUAGUGACACAAUCUGUUACCCCACACCUCUUUCCAUUGCAUGCCUUGCGCUGAGUAGUCUGCACUGUCAUCACCACGAGUCUGUACUGUUUGCUGAAGUUGACCCUGAAGCCGCUCACAUGUGUAGCCUGAAUGAUACUGUGUGCUUGAGUUUCUGUGCAUGUCUUAAACAUUGGUUUUCCUAACAUACGAUGGCUGAACUGGAGCAAGCCCGGGCGCCUCUGAAGGUUCAGGCCGGUGCAAGUCCGACUGACUUGUCCGUUGUUGCCAUUUGCCGACUGGUUGAAAAGACCGGGGUUGUUUCUGUUUGAUUAAGAGCGAUUUUCUGUCUCGUCACACUGUCGAUUGUUGUUCCCUCAAAUGUUUCUCCCACAUAAACCCGUGAUUGACUUUUUGUUUUUUUUAUAAUCUAUUUAACAGACUUUACAUUUUGAGAGCCAUCGUGGCCGUUUUAUGUGUUUUCAUUCAACCCUCUGUGUCUCGGCUGUACUUAAGUGUCCUGUCAUGAAUGUCUCGUUGCUCUAUGUCAUUAAGGCUGGCUGUGGGUUUUGUGGUUAAUUUCUAAACUUUCUAAAUGACUAUUGUGCAAUAGCCAUUGAGUCAAUUUGUCAUCUCUAAAGAACUUGUUCUUUUUCAGUCAUGAGAUAAUGGCAUACACUAAUUUUCUUUUCUAUAUAGAGAACUAAAUUACUUUGUGUCCUACUCUCCACUAUUUCUGACCUUGGUCUGCGCUUUCGUGUAGUUUUCUGUCUUUACUGCUUCUCUUAUGCACAGCACACUCAGUGUCAACGGAAUUCACACAAAAAAACUCAGUGACAAGUGCCUUUGCCUCCUGAAUGACCAAAAAUAAUGCGCUGUGUCUCCAUAUGUUGUGGAUAAUGGAACAAACAACACAAUUUCAAAAAGGUGCUCUGUGACUAACUCUGUACUAACACGUUAUAUGGUGUUAUUUGAGAAUGUGCAGGUUGAAAGUUUUUCCAAAUAAAAAAAAGUUCAGCACUAAACAAUCCAAACAUCCAUCUUCUAAAAGCCGGCGUGUGCAUGCGUGUGUGUGUGUGUGUGAUGUUGUGGUGUCCAUUUUCUCUUACUGUCUUGAGUGUGCUUGAGCCUCUUGAGUGCUGCGUUGUGUCGAUUUUCUUCUCCCCCUGAAUGGAUCCACAGAAUGAAUGUAAAGGCGCUCCCCAUUAUAGCAUGUGUAAUAAAAACAUGACCAACUACUUAACUGAGAAUAAAAAAAUAAAAAUGAUGAAAGCAACUA